AUGGCCGAACCAAAGACACCAUGGAAGUCCAUUUAUCUUGCCGGUGCUUGUUCAUUUGUCCAAGCUGCACAGUUCAGCAUUUACAUCAGCUCAAUGUGGCCUUACCUGAGAACAUUGGAUCCAGACGCAGUUGAAACACAGUUUGGCUAUAUUGUAGCUUUGUACAGUUUUGCCCAGUGUAUAUCAGCACCCUGUUUUGGAUACUGGAGUAACCGAAUAGAGCAGGUACGAACUAGUGAUUUCAUCCAUCGGGAAAAUAACCAGACUUAUCACAAGUACAUCAAGUUCCUCGACAUACUUAUCAUAGCUAAACUAUAG